CUCUCCUCCCCUUGCUAAAUAAAGUCGCCUUCUGAGCGAAGUUUGGCAGGAGUGGUUGUGUUCACGCUCGCGAUCCGACUGUCCACCGACUGUCCGACUGUCUGCACUCGCAAUGGGCAAUGCCUGGUCAAACUUGUGGCGCCAUUUGACAGAAGAUACAAUUUCGUCUGUUGGGCUUGUUUACACAGCAUUCAUGUUUGCUCCAAUUCCCAUUGGCUUCAUCUUCAAGAAAAGGGGAUUGAAGUUCAAGAAAUAUGGGGCAGCUGCCGCGGGCCUUGGACUUAUGCUGGCUGCUUGUGGCAUCCACACCAUUCAUUCCUUUGUCACUAUCAUGGGGACAUGGGUUAUCAUCAAAAUCUCACCCAAGCAUUCUCACUGUCUGACAUUAGGAUGGACAUUUUCAUACCUGCUCUUUUUCCACAAAUUUACCUCCUUCAAGUUUCCCCAGACAACACAUUUGACCAAAUCUGUGCAACUUUUGCUCACCCUCAAGAUGGUGAGCAUAGCCCAUGAUGUGCAAGAAUUCAUUCAGGUGAAGGAACAGGAAGUGACAUCAAAUGCAAUUGGCAUGAUUCCUGAAAUACCUGGACUGCCAGAGAUACUGUGCUACAGUUACUGCUAUGUGGGACUUAUGACUGGCUUAUUUUAUCGCUAUCGUACAUAUCAUGAUUGGUUGAAUCAGCCCAAUCCUUCUGAAAUUCCUACAUGGAAGCCGCUGCUUUACAGAUUGGUGAUGAUGCCUGUCUUCGCCACUACAUUUUUGGCUGUCUCCUACAUCUGCCCCCCUGAAUUUGUGGAAAAUGUUGCCUUCUAUGAAAAAGGGCUCUAUUUCCGGCUUUUCUACAUGAUGCCAGUUUCCUUUGUCUUCCGCGUGCGUAACUACAUAACCUGGUAUGGUGCUGAGAGCGCCUGCAUCACUGCGGGCCUUGGAGCGUAUCCAACUUGGGCCAAUUCAAAACCAGGCAGAGGACCAACUGUGGAAUACCUAUCUCUAAACCGGUUAGCUGAUGUGGAAACUGGAUGUGUUGCCUAUGAUUAUGAGACAAUCAGAAACAUUGAUCCAUACGGUACAGAAUUUUGUAUCAAGGUGAAGGAUGGCAUUCACUGUUGGAACAUGACUGUCCAAUGGUGGUUUUACCAAUACACCUACAAAAAUGUGUCUUUCCUUCCCCGUGCCAUAAGGUAUGCAUGGACUAUGGCUAUCUCGGCCUACUGGCAUGGACUCCGCCCCGGCUAUCACCUUAGUUUCCUUACCAUCCCAUUAUGCCUAGUAGCUGAAGAGGCCAUGGAGGAUGGGUUAUUGAGGCAUCUCUCCCCCUCUGGCCGUAUCUGUGCUAACUGGACACACAGGUUGCUGAAGAUGAGGGCUUAUGACUAUGUGUGUGUAGGUUUCCUCUUGCGUAGCUUUGAGGGUACUAUUCGCUAUUGGAGCUCAGUGCAUUAUUGUGUUCAUGUGGGGGCUGUGAGUUUCUUGGUGGUUGGGAAAGCAAUGGGAGCCCUCCACGAAUGGCAAAGAUGACAAGAACCCAAUGAAUGAGAAGACAGUAUUCUUUUGUCUUAAAUAAUCACUGGGGAAAGCUAACCUAUUGCUUAAAUUAGCAAUAACUAAGAGGAGGUAUUGUGUAUAGGUUCAAAACAGUCUCAAAAAAGCAGCUUGCUAUAUUUACAUCAUUAUGAAGGAGGAUGGGAUGUUCCAAAUUUCAGAUUGUACAUUAAAACAUUUCAACUUAAACUCAUGUUGCCUUUAAUAAUGGAAGGUCAAAAUAAAUGAUGGGUCAAAUUAGAAAAUACAGUAUUAAGAUCCAGAUAGUCCUCAACUUACAGCCAUUCAUUUAAUGAUCAUUUGAAAUUAUGUCAGCACUGAAAAAAGUGAUUUUCAACCUGUUCUUGCACUUAUGCAGCAUUCCCACAGUCACAUGAUCAAAUUUUGGGGGAAGCGGGAUUCAUUUAAUGACUGCAUGAUUCACUUCAUGACCAUGGCAAAAAAAAGUCAUAAAAUCAGGUACGACUCACCUAAUGACCAUCUCGCUUAGCAAAUGACAUUCCAGUCUUAACUGCAGCAAUAGCAAUAGCACUUAGACUUAUAUACCGUUUAACAGUGCUUUACGGGCCUUUCUAAGCAGUUUACAAAGUCAGCAUAUCUCCCCCAACAAUCUGGAUCCUCAUUUUACCAUCUUGGAAGGAUGGUAGGCUGAUUCAACUUUGUCAAGGGCUGCCUAUAGUGGUAAACCUUUAUGUAAAGCAGUAUUUUUAACAAAGGUGCUCCCAGUUGGUAACAGAUUUACUAUAUAGGUUUUAUAUAUAAUUUAUUCAAUAUAGCUUUAAUACAUGAAAAUUAUAUACGGCUCUUUGAAGGCCAGAUAUUCUCCUAGGUUCUAUCUCAGGAAGCCAUUACCAGAUCCAACAGUCCUGGACAAUUUUUAUCUAAUCUCCAACAUUUCCCCCCCUGUUUUUGGUUUUAUUGCUGUUGGUUUUACACCGUUUUAGAGCCAUCAUAGAGUUGGGUGAACUUAUAAAGUUUAUAUUAGGAACUGCAUUAAUCUGGUUAUAAUGGAUGUGGGUUGAGGUUUCCAUGAAAAAAUGAGAGAUUUUUAAUUCACUCUAAAUGGACAAUUGAUAGAAUUUGAAUUUAUGCAUAAAACUUAAUGGUACAGAAGGAUAUUCUCCAAGACAAGAAAAUUAUACACAUUUAUUUAUUGCAAUCAUUCAUUGGAGAGAUACUUUUAAAAAAAACCAUGGAAAUUAGAUGUUUAAAAAGGCAAUAUCUCAAAAUAAAUGGAAUUGUAUAUGGGAAAACCCAUUCCUUCUCUUUUAUAGCUUUUCAGGAAAAAAAAAAUUAUUGAAAUGUUUUUUGAUUGUUACCACCAUCUCACUGUUAAAAAUUGACACCUAAUUAAAACAAGUGCACAGGGCUGUUUAUUUGGGGAUAUGACGUUUCUAGAGAAUGCAUUAAUUACUAAUAAAAAUAUAGAAAACAUCUGAGACUUUUGUCAUUAUUUUCUGGUAAGAAUACAAAUGUAAAAACACUAUUUUAUUAAUAGCUUCUGGAUUUGUAAUAAAAAAAAUACUGGUCGGUCUAGCAGGAGCACUUAAGAAAAAAUGGUAGGAUAAAGUAAAUUAUGGUCUUUUUG